CUUCCGGUCGCUUCAGAGAUCCAGACAGCAGACGGUCCCACAGCAUCCUGCCCCUCAGCUGCACUCCGAACCCCGGAUAAGAUGGAUCUCCAGGUUCUGAUAGAGCAGAUGGAGACGGGAGAGCAGGACACGGUGCUGACGGUGUUACAGAGCUUCAACAAACAGAUGAGUCAGUGCUUCACGUUCAGCAGAGAAGAAAAAAUGGACAGAGAGGAAGUAAAGCAACAAAAGCACCUGGGAGAACUGGUGAUGAGUUUCCUGAACAGAGAGCUGCAGCCUCCAUGCCUGCUGACCUGUCUGGAGACCGUUCGAAUCUUGUCCAGAGACAAACACGGCGUGGAUCCUUUCAUUUCCUGUUCAGCCAUGUCCACGCUAGCUGGCUACGCUGGCAUUGCCACAGUCUGUCCUGCCACACUGGUCCAAGGCCAGCCAGCAGAGGGCCACGUGGAUGAUGAGGAAGAGGCAGCAGAAGGGUCCAGUACCAUGAAGGAAUCCUGCUGUGCCUCUGAGAACCCUGAUCAGGAAGUGAUUGUUGAGGCUCUGAAGUCCAUCUGUAACAUCCUGCUCCACAAUGAAACCGGACAGGUGGUGGCAGCUGAGCUCCAGCUUAUUAAAGGUUUGGCCAAGAGACUGAAGCAAAGCCACAAUCCAACCUGGACCCAUGAGGUCCGUUUUUUUGAUUUGCGUCUCACCUUCCUGCUGACUGCUCUGAGAGUGGAUGUCAGGGCUCAGUUGGCCCAGGAGCUCCAUGGCAUCAGACUCCUAGGCAACCAGUUGGAUGCUGCACUGGGUCUGAGCUGGCCUGAUAGACUGGAGACAGCGAGGGCAGGAUUUGAAGGCAUUCCACCUGAUCAACUUCCCCCUUUAAGCAGACAGCAGACAGAGUUGGCUAUGGAAAUACUGAAAAUACUUUUUAACAUCACAUUUGACACAAACAGGCGCAAAGUUGAUGAGGAAGAAGCAGCAGAGUACAGACAUUUGGGAGCCAUCCUGAGACACUGUUUGAUGAGCCAAUCAGACGGAGAGGAGCGAACCGAGGAGUUUCACAGCCACACUGUGAAUUUGCUGGGUAACCUUCCUCUGCCCUGUCUGGAUGUUCUGCUGAUGCCCAAAGUGCAACAAGGCUCCAUUGAGUAUAUGGGGGUCAACAUGGAUGCUGUCAACAUGCUGCUGGAUUUCACAGAGAAAAGGCUGGAGCGGGGACAUAAGCUGAAGGAGACUCUUCUACCAUCUUUAAACUUGCUGACUGAGAGCGCCCGCAUCCAUCGAGAGACCAGGAAGUUUCUGAGGUCAAAGGUGCUGCCUCCCCUCCGGGAUGUGACACACAAACCAGAAGUAGGCGAUUCUCUGAGGAACAAAAUUGUUCGUCUUAUGACUCACAUUGACACUGAUGUGAAGGACUGCGCUGCUGAAUUCCUCUUUGUUCUCUGCAAAGAAAGUGUUUCAAGGUUUAUUAAGUACACUGGAUACGGUAAUGCUGCCGGGCUGCUGGCUGCACGGGGGCUGCUUCGAGGCGGCAGAGGUCCUGGGAUCUACUCUGAAGAUGAAGACUCUGAGACUGAAGAGUACAGAGAGGCGAAGUCUCGAAUCAACCCGAUCACGGGGGUUGUAGAGGAGGAGCAGCCCAACCCCAUGGAGGGGAUGACCGAGGAGCAGAAGGAGCUCGAGGCCAUGAAGCUGCUCAACAUGUUCGACAAACUCUCCAGGACCAACGUGAUCCAGCCCAUGCAGCUGGACAUGGAUGGGAACAUGAGAGAGAUGACCACAAAGGAUCUGCACAAACUGACCCACAAUCCUGUGAUCCAGCCUGAAGACCCAGCUCAUUCAGACAGUGAGGAUGAAGCUCAGUGAGCAUGUUUCACUACAGAGAGGCUCACGCCACACCUAACAUCCUGACUUUAUUUAACGGCAUGUAAAAUGCAUAUAUUUGUUUUUCCUUUUGUUUAUCUUAGUCAGCUGUAAAAAAAAAAGAACAUAAACGACAGAAAACAAAGACUUUGCCCUCUUAGUGGGAAGGAAAAGGCUUAAAUUGUGAAACUAGAACUGACGGGCCACAGUUCUGCAUGAGGUCAGAGAAAUAUCUGCCUACAUCUGAAGUCAGUUCUGGAGCUCUUUGUUAUCUCUGAAAUUAGAAAAAUGAAUGAAUGAUUACAGUUUGUAUCCUGUACGAGGACGUAUUGGGGCCAUUUUGCAGAUGAAUUAAAAAAAGGAGAAAAUCUCUUGCAUUUUUAAUCUGCUGUAGUUUAAAAACUAAAACACAUUGACACUUCAAACCUGGACUAGAUUAUUCUACCCUGAUUGUAGAAUAUUUAAAACCAAAUGUGUGAUUUGUGAAACUUCAAUAUAGGUCGAUUUAAGCACUUUUUAAUUGAGCAUGGCCAGAUGGAGAGGGGAGAGAAAAAGUUUUCUUUCAAAUUAAGAGAGUUCCCAAUUUUUUUCUUGAAAAUUUCUGAAAUUAAUCUCAAGUUUUCUGAGUUUUUUUGGCUGACAUUUUUUAUUCAUCGUCAAAAUGGCCCUAAAACACCAUCAUAAUCCUGAGACACAACCUGACACUGUUAGUAAAAAUCUGCUGCCCUUCGUGAUGAUUUCUGCAGGUGGAAAAUGUGCUUCAUCGUGAAAGAUAAAUGUAUAAAAAUAACACUGAUUCUAAUUCUUAUUAAUAAUUAAAUCCACAGAGCUGGUUUCUGAAAAAACACUUUAUCUUCACAGGAGAAAUGAACUGCUUUGUAACAUUAGAUGUGAUUUAUUUUGCAAAUGAACGUGUUAAAGACAAAUAGAUUUUGUUUAAUGCUGGAUGUUGACAUUAGCUAUAUUUUUGAGAAACAUAAAAUAAAAGGUGUUAUUUAUU